CGCUGAUUUUCAACAUGCCGGCUGCUAGUGGUUCGUAUUCUUCUACAAAAGAAGACCCCAGAAGGCCUAAUAAGAUCUUCCGCUACAAGCCAGUGACUAUAAAACCUACAGAUGAUCCGACAGCAGAGUAUAUGAACAUUCUAGGGAUGAUAUUCAGUAUGUGUGGGCUUCUGAUGAAGCUCAAAUGGGCAGCUUGGGCAGCUGUGUACUGUUCAUUCAUAAUGUUUUCCAACUCACGCUCAUCAGAAGAUACCAAGCAGAUGUUUAGCAGUUUCUUAUUAUCCGUAUCAGCUGUUGUGAUGUCAUAUCUUCAAAAUCCUCAACCAAUGGCUUCAACAUGGUAGCAGAGAAAUCACUGUUUUCUUUAACCCUUUAACUCCCAUGAGUGAUCAAGAGGGAAUUUCUCCUUACAGUGUCAAUUCAAUAUAAAGCAGACAAGGGAUGACAGUAAAGAAGAAUAGCGAUUAGGAGAUUUUUGGUUGAUCCAAUACCAAAUUCUCCAAACUAACAUCAUAAGAAUUGUAUGGCAGAUUGUAAGGAAAGUAAUUGAUGAGAUCUCAGGAGUGAAAGGGUUAACUCAUCCAUUGGAGCUGACAGCCAGUGUUUUAGCUGCAUUCAGAUCAGGAAUGACGUAAUUGUCAUAUCUAAACAGUGAGCUAUAGAUAUUUAAAUACAAGUGUUACCUCAGAAAACAUAUAAUUAGUAAUGUGAUAGGACCCAUAACAUGUACAUUAAGUUGGUAUGUUCAUGACAUCUGUUCCUUAAAUGGUCAAGAAUAAAGUACUGUUAAUUUCAGGUCUGUGCACUGCAAAAUUCUUGAGGAAAUCCCUAUCUUUUCCCUUCAGUUCUUCUGUUAACCUUUAAUGCCCAGACAUGAUUAACAUGUAACUGCUCCCUCUAAUAUCCAUACCUUAUUAAGCAAACAGGUAAUGAGAAUACACAAACUUAUCAAAGACAAGUUACAUUGAUCUUACUCAAAAUUCUUAUAACUAAUAUUGAUAUCAGUAAUCAGCACCCAGUUGUUCAAAGGCUGAUUAACACUAACCCAGGGUUAAAUUUUAAUCCUGGUUUCUUUAUCCUUUUGUUCAAAAGCCUUUCUGGCAUAAUUUUCUUUAUUCUUUGAAGGGCAUUUAAACAUCAAAUUGUAGAUGAAAAGAAUUGGACUAAAUUUUCUUAUAUGGACUUUGAAUCUCAAAUCAGAUUUCACACUAACCCUGGGUUAUCUUAAUCCAGCUUUGAACAUCCCGGUCCAGAUCUCAAGAGUUAGAGGGUUAAGGUGACAUCCAGAUAAGGAAGUGGGGUGUAGGAUGUCGUAGAUGAUAUUGAAUUCUUAGAAGGUUAGUUCCUUAGUCCAGCAGUUUCUUUGAAGAGAGAGGUAUUUCAUUCUAUUGUCAAUAAAUUUAUUUUCAGAAACGUAACAUGAUUUUCUCUUUCCACAUUGCAUGUACUUGAAAAGAAUAUUGUUGCUCUUAAAGGUCUAGCAUACGUUUUAGAAUAAAUAUUUCAUUUCUUUUUU